CUCCGUAGCAGAACGUAAGUAUAUAGCGAUGCAGGCAAAAGGAGAGGGCACACGCCUGCCGGUCGCGUGCGCUGACAGUUCACUGCGUUGCGUUCACAGGAAAUUCUCGCCAAAAACAAUAACAACCAUGAAGAAAUCAACAGCGAUGACAUCAAUGCUAAUCUCAAUGAUGGUGCUCCAAGCACUCGGCGCUCCUCAGAACAAACCAGUCAAGAAAGUAGACACUAAAAACCCUGCAGACUUGUCAUACGAAGAACUUAAAUUUAUAGACCUGAAGAGAAGAGGCGGGUUUCCCACACCACCAAAGAAAUUAUCACCUUGCGCUAAAGCGAUCUUAGGUUGUUGUGACGAAAAGGUUAUAGACCCUGAGUGUUCAGAGGCGUUGCACUGCGGUGCACAUUUCUUCGAUGACAACCCGUGUGAUGAUAAGUUUAUUAUGGAUGCUUUGAAAGCUGCUAGACAAUACUAUGACCAGUUUAACAAGAUUAAUACGUAAUCUGAAGAUGUGAUGAUUGAUGAUAUUCAAAUACAUAUGAUUGCCUAAGAGGCUGAAGGAAUAAGAUAUGAAUUUCAAUACACUAUCGUGUUCUUUGGUUUAAGUAGGGUGCUACUAAUUCCGGGUUACAUAUCAGAAUACCGAAAAUCGAUUUACCUAAUGUGGAAUCACCUAUGCUCGUUUCACCUAUUUUUUUAAAUACCUAAUGAUCAAUUAACCUAAGAUCAUAACACCUAAUGAACGAAUGACCUAUUGCACGUUUCACCUACAAUUGGUUUACGUAAGCUCAGAAUACCUAUGGUCGAUUUACCUAAAGUUGAAACACCUAAUGCUCGAAAUACCUAAAACUGAUUUACCUAUUACACGAAAUACCUAAAGCUAAUAUACCUAAUACACGAACACCUAAUGUUGAUAUACCUAAUGCUCGAAAUACCUAAAUUCGGUAUACCUAAUGAUCGAAUUACCUAAAGUUAACAUACCUACUGCACGAAUUACCUAAAGUCGGUAUACCUAAUGAUCGAAUUACCUAAAGUUAACAUACCUAAUGAACGUAAUACCUAAAUUCGAUACACCUAAUGUACGAAAUACCUGAAGUCGAUGCACUUAAUGAACGAAAUACCUAAAAAUCAAAAUCAAAAAUAUAAUUAUUGUUUAGUAGUAUAUUAUUAGGACAUAGAACAUUUGGUGUAAUUUUUUUAGCCAAGUCAUUCAAUUGGCUUACUAUUUUUUUAUAUAAUAUAAGGUCUAGUCAUUUGACAGAGUCGAGAUUAGUGCGACGACGAGCAAAGCGAGGAGGAGCGUGUUAGGUUAACUGUGACCAAACAGUGCCAAAACCGACUUCAGUUUCAUCGUCAUGAUGUUAACUUACCAAAAUAAAGUUUUUGUGUUAUUAGAUUGUGUUAUUGUAUUAGACUUACAAAAUCAUUCUACUACCUAAAACGCAGCGUUUCUAAAAGUGUGUUUUUUAAGUUGUUAUCCAAACAAACAGUUUCUACUGUAAGGUUGGGAAAUCAUACGAUUUAUUGGGUAGAGUUGCCACUUGAUCAUUCGGCAAAAUGAUAUGAAUUUUGUGCUAGGUAUUUCUUAGACUUUAGGUAUUCCGUGCAUUAGGGAUAUCGACAUUAAGUAAUUCGUUCAGGAGGUAUAUCAACUUUAGGUAUUUCGUUCGAUAGGUUUAACAGUUUUAGGUAUUUCGUCUAUUAGGUAAAUCAAGUUUAGGUACAUCGUUCAUUAGGUAUAUCAGCUUUAGGUGUAUCGUCCAUUAGGUAGAUUGGCUAUAGGUGAUUCGUGCAUUAGGCAUAAUAGCUUUAGGUGAAACGUGCAUUCGGUAUAUCGGCUUUAGGUGAAACGUGCAGUAGGUAAAACGUGCAUUAGGUAUAUCGUGCAUUAGGUGUUUCGUCCAUUAGGUUAUUUGAGCUUAGGUAUUAUAAACUUAGGUCAGUCAAUGUUUAGGUAAAAAGAUCGAUAGGUAAUUUAAAAAUAGGUGAAUCAAGCAUAGGUGAUUCAACAUUAGGUAAAUCAGUUUUCG